UUAAAUACCGCGGGGCCGCCAUGUCUCAGAAGGACAGCGUGUGCUCGCGCUCCUAUUUCGUGGUUGUCAUGGUGUUCGUGCACGUUUACAUCCUCAAUGUGUUGGCCUUGCUGCUGUACGUGUACUACACCAGCGAGAGCGCGCAUUCGCCGCCCGACGGCGGCGCGUCCGCGACGCCCGGGCAGGACGCGAACGCGCGGCAGGAGCUGUCGGAGCCGGAGCGCGCGGCCAGACUGCAGCAGGACGCGGGGUUCGGCCGCCUGCGCCGCUUGGAGGGCAUCAAGGUUGGCCAUAUGCAAAAAGUGGAUCUUGUCCCUAACAAAGUACACUACUUGAAAACACUGAGCUUAAAACCACUUCUGUUUGAGAUUGCAAACUUCCUUUCAGAGGAAGAAUGUAAACUGGUUAUCCACCUAGCAAAAUUAAAGGGACUUCAAGAAAGCCAGAUUAUGCCAUCUGACCUUCAGCAGGAAGCCAUUGACGAGAUGGACAUUAGCAAGGAGGAAAUCUUCAAUCUACUUGACUACAAUCAAGAUGGACAGCUACAGAUGAAAGAGGUUUUGACUCAUACACGUUUUGGUGAUGGGGUCUGGAUUACUCCUGAAAAUAUUCGAGAGAUCUACACAGGACUUAAGGCGGACCCUGAUGGGAAUGGUUUGCUGAGCCUGGAGGAGUUUAAGCAACUUAACACAAAUGCUUUCCAAACAUAUUUGCGACAGCGUGGCGUGCAAAAGACGGAGUUGGUUCGCAACAGUAAACACACGUGGCUGUACCAAGGUGAAGGGGCACACCAGAUCCUGAGAACCAUUCGGCAUAGGGUGAUCAGAUUGACACAAUUACCUCCAGAGAUAGUGGAGCACAGUGAGCCACUGCAGGUGGUGAAGUAUGAUCAAGGCGGGCACUAUCAUGCUCAUCAUGACAGUGGACCAAUCUACGCAGAGACCAGCUGCUUCCACACAAAGCUAGUAACCAAUGGAUCCACUCCAUUAGAAACCUCCUGUCGAUACGUGACAGUGCUGUUUUAUUUGAACAAUGUUUCUGAAGGAGGGGAGACUGCAUUUCCUGUGGCAGACAACAGGACAUAUGAUGAACUGUCUUUAAUGCAGAAUGAUGUGGAUUUACGAGAUACACGGCAAAACUGUAAAAGAGCCAACCUGUUGGUGAAGCCUGUGCAAGGCACUGCUCUCUUCUGGUACAACUACCUCUCUGAUGGUGAAGGCUGGGUGGGAGAGCAAGAUGAGUACUCGCUGCAUGGAGGCUGCAUUGUCAUCCGAGGAACCAAAUGGAUCGCCAACAAUUGGAUCAACAUCGACCCAGACAUACAGCGGCAACUCCAGUUCCAGCAGGCCAUUUCCAGAUAUGCCAGUGAUGAAACUCCUGCAGAGUGGGCAGUCGAUACCAUUUUUCGGGAUCUGCACGUGGAGCUGUGAAUCUGUUCCAAAACAAUGAACGCUGUUGAAUGCUUUGCAAAGACAACCUGCCCCAUUUAUACUCCUCCACCCUCAAUCAGGGUUUAGAAAGAAAAGAAAAUGCUGGGGUCAAUUCCUUUUGUUCACCAGCCCUUCAUUUUACCUUCAGCUUUUGACUGUAAUCGCUGGCAAGCUAUUUGACAGCAUGUUCCACCUCAGUUGAGCUGGUGCAUGUUUUGAGGUCGGAUCAGUGAUUGGGAAUGGCAACCUUCAACUCGUUUUGUAUCCUCGGUAUUGCUUUCUCUUUCGUUUGAACUCUCACCUGCCCAGCCAUGGGCUAAGAGGUAGGACAGACAGCUCCUAGUUCUCUUGACUGAAGAGGGGUUUAUGAGUGAGUGUGUUGAUGUGUGAUCACACCCAAAAUAUUAAUAUGUUACUAUUUCAUACACUCUGUGUUCAAGUAUUUUUGUUUUAAGUUCAGAUUUUCAGAUUCCAGUCUUUUUCAACACUUUUUAAAUUAUUUUUUUCCUCCUUUUGCCAAGCAGGGUACCUAGGUAAUUACAAAGCUCUAGCAAGCUUUAAUGCCUGGUCUGUACUACGUUGUUAUUCGCUGAUCUUGUUAGAGGUAACUACCAUUGGCUGUGGAAUGACCACCUUACAACAGCAGAAAUCUGAUAAGUUUUCUAAACUGAUCCAGAAAACCUUGAGGAAGGGAGUACACGUGUGGAGAUUGGGCAAGGAUUGAGUUAGGCAGUGAGGCCUUUGCUCGUUGAAUAGCCUGCUGACACAUCCUGUGCUCAGAUAACGAAUAGCUAUUUAGGUGAGGUACUUGGAAGAGCGUGCUUGUGGAACUGCACUUGAGGUCUUCAAGGAAGGUGCAGGCAAAGCUGGGGAGAGGAAUUUCUGUGUUUUUUUUGUUUAAUAGCGUAGCCUUGCUGGAAUAUGCUAGACAUCUGCUGAUGCCUUGUCUAAACGGCCCAGUGGGCCACUUAAAGCAAUACUAAUAAGCUGAAUAUGACCAGGUCUUUACUGAUGUCUAUAGACAUGUGUUUCAGCAAGGCUCACUGGAUAAGGAGCAGGACUGGAAUCUUUUUAGUUUUCUAACCCUGCACUGGAUAGGCAGAAUGUACUGAUGUGCUAUCACCCUGCUCAAACAGCAGUACACACCAAUGAUCAAACAGGAGGCUUUUCCAAUCAUUCAUGGCUUGAUACCACACCAGCUAGUACUCAACCACCAACCCAGGGGAGACAGUACCACUAAACUCCCCUGUUUGACCAUGGGGCAUUGGUUAAUCAUGCCACUAUUUGAGAGAGAAGAAAGUUUCCUUGAAUGUUGUUUGGAUGAAGAGCCUUUAAAAUCAUUUUUAUUUGUUUAAAAUGUAUAUUAAAUUAAUAGUGCAAGUUACUUUUUAAAAGCUGCAUGUAGCAAAUUUUUUGAAUGUGUUCUUGCUUUAUAGGUUGGGUUGCUGGUGGGGUGCGGGGAGUUUCAUUCUUUCCAUUUGUAUGAUCUCCCUUCCCCUCCUGUACAUGUUCACAUCCAAUAUAGGGCAAUCAAGUGCUGAGAGGGCUGCAGAAUGUGCUUGAAAUCAUUCCCUGGUAUCACAAAUACUGAUUUGAUGGACAUACCUACUACUGCUGCUGUGCGUUUGCAAGGUCAGAGCACUGUUGCCCGGCUCACAGCCUUCUCCUGUUCGAUUCCUUGCAUUGUUCCAGGAUUAAGCCGACCACGGAUGUGCUACCUCAUCCCACCCCACCUUCUCUCACCCGUUCUCUCAUCCCUUUUGCCAUGUUGCUUCCAAGUGGAGUUUCAUGGCCCAACACUAAUCCAAGUGAUCACUACUCAUUUCUCAGCAGUGUUCCACUAAUGGAGCAAACCAUAGCUGAGUCAGAUCCUGAUCGUGCCCUCAGCCAAUGUCUGCUUUCCAAAAGGGCCCUGAACAAUAGGAAACUUGCUGCUUAUCUCCCCCUUAGAAACCAAAUAUAUAAGCAAAGGGACACAACCUUAUAAAGACAAUCCCAAAAAUUCUGGAAUACUUAUUGGUUUUAUUUCACAGGUGUGCCAACACCAAAGUUCAUCAGCAGCAGGUACGAUAUUUCUUCAACAGACCUUGAGGUGGGGUUGCUUGGUGAAAUGAUGGGAGGUGCUUGAAUGGAGGCCAAAUGUAGCUCCAGUUACUGCCCUAGAUGCAGUUAGCUCUACAUAACCAGGCAUAUUGUGUAACUAUUCAUUAAUCUGAGAGUGUGUAAUAACAGGAGUAUAAUGGGAGGUUGGAGUGUUCCAAAUGUGAAGCAGCUCCAGUUCACAGGCUAUAAUGCCCCAAUGGCAUUUAAAUGUGGAACACUCAUAGUUUAUGAUACAAUAACUUAUUCAAAACUUACCCAGGCACCUCCCAUCAUCUCACCCACUAACCCUGCCUCAAGAUCUGUUGAAGAAAUAUUGUACCCGCUACUAAUAAACUUCCAAUAAUGUUAUUGGAACACCUCUGUUAUAUAUUUAUAUAUUUAUUAUUUUUAUAUAAUAUAUAAAUAUAUAUUAUAUUUUUAUAUAUAACUGUUAUAUAUCUGUUAUAUAGCCACUUUCAAUAAGAAUUCUAGAAUUUUUGGGCUUUGUCUUUUUAAGGUCGUGUCUCUUGCUUAUAUACGAUUUCUUGGCUCUUUGAAAUCUGGCCCAGGUACCAGCUCUGUUUUUGUGUGAACACAGGCAGUUUCAGCAUCCAGCUGAAACCGCUCUGGCCCUUGUCCAUGAUCCAUACAUUUUUAGCAGAUUAGUGAUCAGAAGUGGGAACCGUGGUCAGAUUUUCCUCUCUCCCUCUGGGGCCGGUUCACCAAAUACUACCUUGGAUGUGCUUGGCCAGUGCAGAGCAAGAAUCAUUCCAGCAGCACAUAGAGCUGUCACUUGCUGACUAAUUAUCAAGAACACCAUAAUCAUACAGGUUUAUUGGCCACAGAGUUGCACUGUUUCCAAUUCACAGUGAAACUCUAGAAGUUUGUGCAGAGGACCUUGGAACCCGAUUUCAGUCAUUAGUAAAUGACCUGAACCUUCAAGGUAAGCGAACCUGCCCAAUAGAAGCUACGUACUUAGUUCUUUGUGGUUCUUCAUAUAUUCUGUAUUUAAAUGGAUACUACAACAAUGUAAAAUGGAUCAGAUAACCAAAUAGAGCCAUGAUUCCCUGGGUACAUGAGCAGGAAAUAAUUUUUGGCCUGAUCAAAGAAAAGACAAGUGACUGCUUUAUCUAAGUUUCUCUUCCCUCUGUUCCUACACCCUGACUUCAGUGGUUAGAACCAUAGAACACUACAGCACAGAAAACAGGCCAUUUGGCCCUUCUAGUUUGUGCCGAAACUUCAUUCCACUAGUCCCAUUGACCUGCACCCAGUCCAUAACCCUCCAGACCUCUCCCAUCCAUGUAUCUAUCCAAUUUAUUCUUAAAACUUAAGAGUGAGCCCGCAUUUACCACGUCAGGUGGCAGCUCGUUCCACGCUCCUCAAUCACACUGUUGUUUCCUCCAAGUUGUCAUUUUUCAGAUGUACUUCUGGGCUCUUCAGCAAAGGAGGUCAUCACAGCUAAGCUUGAUUCUUUCCUCUUUAUAAAAAUACAUGUGUAUUUUCUUGUGGUCCUGAGCAAGAACCACUGUAGGUUCUGUUACCCUCCUCCCCUCUUCACUCCCUCACACAAGCCCAGGACAUUAAAGCUCAUCUGUUGCUGGUCUGAUUAUACUCUGCUGAGCCUGGUAAUCAGAACAUGGACUUCCUGUUUGCUUCUCUCAACACAUAACAUGAUGGAUUUGCCCACCUGAGCCCUGGAUGAAUUUGCUUGUGUGUUUUACCGGAAAGAUGGUACAGUUAAUAUGCCUGGUUUAUUGUACAGUGGUAGUUCUGAGUCAAGGCUGUAGCAACCCAGAUACUAGUCACAUGUGCAUUGUGGCAACUGCUGUAAUUAGCAUGUAAUCACUCCUUACGUUUGUACUAUUAGCAUGAAACAAAAGAGCAUUUGGCAAUUUUAAUCCUGUAUCUCAUUUCUGUAUGGAGCCACUGGGCAUUGAGGGAGGCCUGUGUCACCUCAUUGGAAGAGUUGCUGAGGGGUAUGCUCGCUUGUUUUUAAUGCGAGGCAGUUUCUUCCCCCUUUAGAUAUUUACAAUUUACUCUGUGUGUAAAAUAAAUAUUAAUUUUCACUUUAGUUCUGGUUCUUUUGCCAAAUACCUUGCAUCUGUAACCUCUGGUUACUCAUCCUCCUGCCUGUAAAAACAGUUAUUCCCUAUUAACAAAACCCCUCAUAAUAUUAUACGCCUAAAAAUCUCCCUAACCUUCUCUGUUCUAAAGAGAACAAUCCUGACCUCUCCUUGUAUCAACCUGACAUUUUGCAAAUAGUUUAAAUCAUAGGUUUUUUGAUUGUUUUAAAAAAUUAUAUUUAAAAGCGAAUUUAAAAAUGAUCUUAUUUAAUGCCCAUUGUCCUUGCUGUGAUAGAUUGUUUAUUUAUAUCCUACAUCUUAACAAUGUCACCAUUUAUUUUGAAUUGCUUUAUCAUAUUUGUCCAUUAUUUUUGAAUAUUGUUUGAAAGAAGUCAGUUCUAAUAUUUAUACAGUGUCACCCAUACCUUGAGAUGCUGAAUUAUUUAUUAAAGUGUGUCAAUGUUUUAUUCAUUUAUAUUUAAUUUCUUUUCUUCAGGAAUGUAUUUUGUAGCUGGGAGUCUUCCCAAUGUCUUUAUUAUUUAAUUGUAGAUCUUGCACUCAAUUCCCCCAAGAUACUCUUGGGUUACUCAGGUAACAUGUGUCAGCUUGGACUGAAUAAGGGCAACAUGUUUCUUGUCUGUACUGCAUGUAUAUCGUAUUCUGUCUGCCUGUCUCUGUGUUGACUUGAGAACUGCUGUGGA